CUUGAGCUGACAAACUUUCACGUUCACUAAGUUGACUUUUUGCAUAGCGUAUAAGGAAGCAUGGCAAUCUGUUUGAGGCCUAUGAGCAGACACAUGUAACUUCGAUAACAUGUCCGCGUUCCACUCCAGAUAUCGUUGCACACUUGCACCGUAACCUACUUAGAUAGUCAUCAUGGCCUCGGAGGUGAUAGCACUGUGCCACAGCUUCGAGCAGGAGCUGGCCAAGUCGCUUAACGUGCUGCCCCCGGUCAGCGCCAGCAAGCCCGAUGCCCACGACGCGCACCUGAACCACCACCGCCUCAGCCAGCGCAUCGCGGAGAGCGUCUCCUACUAUGCGGGGCGCCUGCCGGCCUACGCGUCGGUGCCGCGCAUCCUGGUGUUUGGGGACAAGCUUUUCCGCGCAGAGCAGUACCAGCUGGCGCUGCAGGCGUGCUAUAAGCACAUCCGCGGCCUAGAGCUCCACAGCAGCCGGGAGAACCUCCCCCGCAUGGACGCGCAGGCGCGACUGUCCAGCCACGUUCAGGCAUGCUUCGGCUGCGCGGCCUGCGAGGCGGCACUGCUGCUGGCGUCGGACGGGUCUGUGAAGCACCCCGACACGCUGCAGUGGUUGGUGUCGUGCCUGGCGCAGCUGCGCGCGGCCAUGUCGCUGGCGCUGCCCGAUGAGCGGCUGUACUGGCUGGUGCUCAACGGCACCGUGCAUGUGUACGGCAUAGCCAAGGCCAUGAUCACAGCGGGCUUUGCGGAGCAGGCGCUGCCGGCGCUGGUGUUCUGUAUCAAGGCGCUGGAGGGGCACGUGGCCUUCGCCGCGCCCAAGUACCUGCCCUGGCGCACGCAGCUCUACACCUGGGCCGUGUACGGCCUGGCCGACUGCGGCGCCGUGGAGCAGGCGCGCGCGCUGCUGGCCGACGGGCUGAAGCGGCUGGAGAUGCUGGUGGCGCUGCAAAAGCUGGACCCAGUGCCCGCGGCGCCAGCGGUGCAGGCGGCCUUCGCGGCGGCGCGCGGCGCGCUGGUUGGGCUGCAGCUGCGGGUGGAGAUGGCGGCGGGCGCGGCCGUGACGCCGGUGCUGGCGCAGCUGUCAGCGGGUGCGGCGGGCGCGGGGGCGGUGGGCGCGGCGGGGCCCACGGCGCGGGCGGGGCUGGCGGCGCUGGUGGAGGCGCUGCACGUGCCGCACCGGCGUGUGGUGCGCACGGAGGCGGUGAGCGGCGGGCCGCUGAAGGAGCUGUUUGAUGCGGCCAUGGCGGUGGCGGCGCCGCUUAUUGGUGACCUAAAGAAGGCGACAGAGGCGGCCGCUGCCGCUGACGCAGCCGCAGCGGCGGCGGCUGUGGCUGCUGACGCCGCCAGCGCGGAAGCGGAGACCGCUGGCGGCGCCGACGCCGCCGCGCCCGCUGACACGGGUGCGCAGCAGCAGGCGUCUGCGGCCGCGGCGGCUGCGGACGAGGCGGCAGUGGCGGCGAGUGCGGCGCUGGGCGCGGCGCAGGAGGCGCUGCCGUGUGCACUGCACAAGGGUCUACUGUGUGCUGCCUACAACCUGGAGCAGUGGAAGCAGUUUGAGGAGCUGGCAUCGCUCGCCACCUCCCGCUCCGACGUCGUGUAUGCGGACGCCGUGCCCACUGGCACUGGCUCCACCACCACCACCGCCGCCGCCGCCGCGGACGUGGACCAGACGGCGGCGCAGCUGGGCACGGCGGCCAGCAUCUUGACCGCGCUGCGGCAGCUGUCCACGGCUCCGGGCGUGGAGUCGCUGCGUACGCUGGCGGCUAUGCUGCAGCAGGCGCUGAGCCGCGGCAUCACGGUCAGCGGCACCGCAGGCGCCGCGCCGCCGCCGCCGCCGCGCCGCGUGUCCAUGACGGGCAUGCUUGCAGGCGGCAGCGCGUCGCCGCCAAACGGCAGCUCCGGCGCCGGAGGCGCCGCCGCCACCCUUACCGCCACGGCCGCUGGUAUCACCCAGACGGCCGGCUCGCCUUCCCACAACGGCGGCGCCGCAGGUGCCACCGCCUCGGCAGGCGGCGGAGCCGCCGGCGCGCCGCCUCGGCCGCAGCAGUCCUCGCUGGCGCCCUGGCAGCAGCUGCGUGACCUGAUUGCGGACGCCUCGCUCGCGCUGUACGGCUCGGCGCGGCCGCUGAUCGACGGCGUGUUCUGCGCCGAUGACAAGGAGGCGGGCCUGGUGGCGGAGCUGCUGGCGGCGUGCCACUCGGCGUGGGCGGCGGUGGAGCUGGACGAUGGCGAGCUGCGGGUGGCGGCGGCGCUCAAGCUGGCGCUGCUGCUGGAAGAGGAGGGCCGGCUGCUGGCGGCGAGGGAGGUGCUGAUGCAGGCCAAGUCGGUGGUGGAGCAGUCGCGUGUGGAGCUCAUGGUGGCCAACCGCCGCGCCCCGGACGAGCACCUGCGCUGGGUGACCGCCUCGCGCAGCCAGCCCAGCGACGACACCGCAGCGCUGGUGCAGGGCAUGACGGCCAGCGAGCAGGAGCUGGCGUGCCUGCAGGUGGACGUGCUGGCGCUGCUGGCGCGUGUGGAGCUGGGGCUGGGCGUGUCGGAGCAGCAGGGCCGCGCCACCGCCCGCCGCACCGCCGUCAUGGAGGAGCAGGCCAAGCGCACGGCGCAGAGCAGCAUCUUCGGCCAGCGCAACGCGGCGGAGCUGGCGCGGGACGAGGCAAGGUUGGUGGCGGCGGGCGCCACGCCGCCCAACCCGCAGAUGAAGGAGCGGGAGCUGCUGACGGCGUGCGCCAAGAACCCCUACGAGCGGGCGGUGGUGCUGAUGCAGAUGACGUCAUUCCAGGGCGCCGACGCGGGCCGCAAGACGCAGCUCCUGCAGGAGGCUGGCGACCUGCUUGUAAAGGCUCAGGCGGCGGAGGACGGCUUGUUCGCGGCGCAGCAGCCCGACCUACGCGCGCGCCGUGACGUGCCGCCGCAGCCCAAGCUACUGCAGCGCAGCCCCACCUCCGUCACCCUGGUGGCGCACCCGCCCGGCCCCGGCCUCAAGCAGCCGCCAGGGGCGCGCAAGCCGCCCAGCCGCUACGUGGCGUACUGCAAGUCGUUCGGCGCGGGCGUGGGCCUGUCCAUCAACAAGACCGCCACCGAGUACCCGGGCUCGGGCGUGUCCGUGCCGCUUGGGCAGCCCGUCACCAUCCAGGGCCUGCGCACCAACGACACCUACCUGUUCGCGGUGGCGCUGUACGACGACGACGGCAACAUCGUGGGGGGGCUGGGCACCAGCACUCCCGAGGUGCUGGUGGCGCUGCCGCUGCCGCUGCUCAUGUGCUGGACGCACCUGCUGGCGGCGGCCGUGCGCUGUGGCGCCGCGGGCGCCGCCGCCGCCAAGCGCGCCGCGAGCGUGCUGCUGCCGCACUUCGUGGUGACCACGCCGGACGUGCCGCUGUGGCGCUCCAACCCCAUGGACGCGCAGCGGCUGCACCGCGCACACGUGGCGGCGGCGGCGCGGCCGCUGCUGCGCGCGCUGGUGCAGGCCAUCUACCUGUACGGCGGGGCGGCGCUGUUGCGGAAUGGGGGCGGUGGCGGUGGAGGCGGCGGCGGCUCCACAGCGCCUGGGGCGCCGGUGCCGCAGGUGGCGCUUCCGUGCACGCUGCCGCAGCUGCGUGCGCCCUUCCUGGAGGAGCAGGUGGCCCGCCUCAAGUCGGCCCGGCUGCUGGUGCUGGGUAUGGAGGUGGCGGCCCUGCUGCCCGACGAGCCGCUGAUGCAGGAGGGCGCACUGCGCACCUACGGCCUGCUGGCGCCGCUGCUGGCGCUGCGGGCGCCGCGCAGCCACCUGCUGCACAAGGCGCUGGCGGCGUGCCACGCCGUGCUGGCCUCGCUCACCAACCUGGUGCAGGACUCGUUGUACCGGCAGGAGCACCAGCGCUCGCUGGCGGCGCGCGUGGCGGCGGCGGUGACGUACCAGCUGCUGCGCCUCAGCGACGAGGCGGGCGAGGUCGGCGCGGCGGCGCACUUUGGCCGGCUGCAGCUGGAGCUGCUCAAGGCCUACGACCCGCGGUUCGCGCUGGCGGGCCGGCCCGCGCUUCUCCCUGGCGCCGAGCUGCAGGAGGAGGCGUCACAGCUGCACGACGUGCUGCUGCAGCACCCCAAGCUGUCUGAGUGGGCGCCUGAGCCGCUGGUGGAGCGGCAGAAGGACGCCUCCGACCUGGUGGCCCGUGUGCUGCCGGUGCUGGGCACACCCGCGCCCAUGGACACCUGGAGCCAGGCGCUGGGCUUUGAAACGGCGGCGGAGCACCCCAGGUGGGUGGAGCUGGUGGUGCGCAUGGUGGAGGCGGCGGUGCGCAAGGGCAACCCCGGCAACGCCACCGUGGUGGCGGAGCAGCUCACCUGGUGGGUGCGCGCGCGGCUGCGGCGGCCGCCGCCCCCGCCCCUGGACGCCUACGAGGCCGAGGCGGCGGAGGCGGCAGCUGCCGGUGGCACGGCGCCGCCCUGGCCAGCCAAAUGGAAGCUGGAGGAGGCAGCAGCUGCGCUGGACGCGGCUACCGUGGCGGCAUCCUUUGAGCCGCCGCCGGUGCCGUCCACUGAGGGCAUGAGUCCGGAGGAGGCCUCCGCCGCCCUGGCGCGACACGCCGCGGUGGCGGCGGCGGCUGAGGCGACGGCGCGGCAACGGCUGGCGGCGGUGUUGCUGCUGCAGAAGCGCAUGCCGGCGCUGCUGGCGCGGAAGCGGCUUAUUGAAAAGAUGCGGGAGAACCGGAAGCGCUGGUCUCCCUGGAUGGCUCGGCUCAACCUGGUGCUGGGCCUGCAGGCGGCAGCUGACGCCCGCCGCUACGCAGCCAACGCGCCCGCGCGCGCCCGUGCCGCCGCCGCUGCAGCGGAGGCCGCCGCUGCGGCCGCCGACGCCCCUGGCCCUGAGACCUCCGGCGUCGCCGGCUCCCGUCCCGGCACCGCUGCCGUCAACAUGCCGCCGCCUGUGCCCGACCCCUCGGCCGCCGGGCCGCCGCCGCUGACGCCGCCGGAGGGCAUCACGCCGCCGUUGCAGGCCAUGAUGCACUUUGCCCGCGCCGCCCACCUGGCGGCGCGCGGCGGCGCCUGGGUGGAGGUAGGCAACGCAGCCCGCCACGCCUGGAACCUGGCACGUGCCACACUGAGUGCGGACCCCGCGCUGACCGCGCCGUUGCCGCCGGUGCGGUGGGAGCGCGGCGACGCGCCGCAGCCGGCCGUGGCGCCGGAGAGCAUCCUGGUACCAGCGGGCGCGGGUGACGCGGGCGGCAAGAAGGGCAGCAAAAAGGGCGGCAAGGACGACAAGAAGAAGGACGACAAAGCACCAGCCAAGACGCCCUCCUCGCCCAAGGGCGGCGCCCGCAGUAGCGCGCGCAGCAAGAAGGGCUUCCCGGUGGAGGAGGCGCCGCCGCCGCCGCGCACCUACCCUGUGGUUGUGGGCGCCCGCCCCAACAUGCAGCGCGCCGCGCGCUCCCUGGCGGACGCGGUGCUGGAGCUGGUGUCGGCGCUGCGUGACGGGCUGCAGGUGUACACCUGGGUGGCUCCUGUGAACCCGCGGCACCGCUUCGACGGCCCGCCGCCUCGUCGCGCCGCCCUGGCGGCGUCGGCGUCGACUGCGGGUGCAGGUCUGGGCGAGGAGGAGCGGCCGGUGACGGCGCGCGUGACGGACAGCGAGUUCAGCUACGGCUCAGACCUGCAGGCUGACAUCUGGUUCAAGGAGGGGCCGUUGGACCUAGCCUGGGUGAGCCGCUUCCUGGGCCUGGCGGCGGUGGUGCUCAGCCGCGGCGAGCGCUGGCACGCGCUGGUGGAGGCGGGCCGGCAGUGGGCGCGGCUGAGCGAGGGCGCCUUCAACGAGCGCAUCAUGCCGUGGCUGCUGCAGGCUGCGCCCAAGGCGGGUGUGGACCCCGCGCCCUUUCAGUCGGCCAUGGACGCACUUAUUCGCGACAAGAACCAGGCCCUGGACCAGCUGGACAAGGUCCGCACACUGGUGCGCGAGCGCCUGGGCGACACGCCGCUGAUGGCGCAGAGCAUGGGCCACAAGGUGCGCAAGCGGAAGACACGCGCCGCAAUUCUGGCGGCGGGGCCGGGCAGCGGUGCGGGCGGCGGCGGCGGCAGUGGGCUGCCUGACAGCGACCGGGCUUCACUGGUGAGCGCCGCCUACACCUACCGCACCGCCUCCACCUACAAGACCAAGGCCAGCCAGCCCGACUUCUUGCGCAUCCCGGGAGAGUAUGAGAAGGUGAUUGAGGUGCUGAAGCGGCGCAACGAGAAGGGCGCCAUGCUGUUGGCGCUGCACGAGCUGGGCGACGUACACGCGCACUUUGGCAACUGGGGCGGCGCCGCCACCUCGUGGAACGACACCCUGGACACACUGCUGGGGCCAUACCAGGCGCUGCGCAACUGGCGUGGGCGGCUGGACGGCAUGUCGCCUGCCGGCACCCUGCAGGCCUACGGGCUGCACGGGCUGCUGCUGGGCUGCGUGCUGGCCGGCAAGCUGGCACGCUACGUACACCACGACCACCUGCACCUCCGGCUGGAGGCCCACCGCCUGACCGCACGCCUGGCCUUCUGCGCCUUCUCCGCGCACCUGGGCCACCCGCAGCGCCGCGCCGGCUUCGCCACCUACACGCCGCGGGAGCUGUGGGCGGCGGGCACGGAUGCCUGGUUGGUCUGGUCGGACCCGUACCGGUGUCCGGUGGUAGAUCUGGCGGGCGCGCUGGAGGGUGCGGCGGCGGCGCUGCUGGACGCGGGGCUGGCGCUGGAGGCGCUGCCCGUGCUGGCGCUGUGGGAGCACGUGACUCGGCACGUGCUGCGCAACCUGCACGGCACCGUGCUGUGCCGCCUGCUGCGCGUGCGGGCGCUGGUGGCGCUGGGGCUGCUGGCGGAGGCGGUGGAGGUGACGGGCGGGCUGAUGGGCGCGGCCGCUCUGCCCGACCCCACUCUGGACUCGGACUAUGUGCUCAAAGACACCAGCGGCGCCGUUGUGGAGCCAGUCCCCGCGCCGCCGUACGACAACUCGAAGCUGCCCGGCGAGCCCGGCAACAAGGCGGCACUGACCCACAUCGCCGACACGCCGCUCGCGCCCGCCGUGGAGAAGCUGUACGGCAGCUGGCUGGUGGCGCAUCUGGCACUGGCACGUGCACAGGUGCUGAUGCUGGCGGGCAGCGUGCCCAACCAGUGGCGUGGUGUGGACUGGCGCACAGGCGAGCGCACCGCGGCGCCCAAGCCGGCUUCGCCGGCCAAGGGCGCGGCGAAGGGGGCGGCGGCGGCGGCGCCCGAGCCCCCGGGCGCGGGGCUGCCUGAGCCUGUGGAGCCGGUCAUGCUGGAGCGGGCGCACGUGCUGCUCCGCAAGGCGCUGGCUAUGGCAAGCGGUGAGGAUCAGCCGCCCUCCGAGGAGCCCUCAAGCGCCGGCAAGCCCGCCGCCGCAGGCAAGCCAGCGCCCGCGCGCGCGCCCUCGCCCGGCCGCGCCAAGUCGCCCACCGGCAAGGGCAAGGGCAAGGGCGGUGCCGGCGACGGCGCCGGCUCCGCCGCCGCCGCGCCGCCCGAGGUGCCUGGGCCACCGCCGCCGCCGCCGCCCAGCGCCAGCCAGCGUGCCGAGGUGAACGUGCGUGCGCUGCUGCUGAUGAGCGAGCUGGAGCAGCUGCGCUGGAUGCCCAGCCGCGGCCUGGCCCACGCCCUGGAGGCCGCCCGCUUCUUGGGCGAGCAUGCGGACCACGUCAACACGCCGCAGCAGACCGACAACGACGAGCUGGAGCGCUACACGCUCGCGCCCGCGCUGUGGUUCCUGGCGCGCGGCGCGGCGGUGCGCUGCGCCGCGGCGCUGGGCCACGCCGCGCACGUGCACGAGCUGGUAGCGGCAGCGACGAGCGCGCACGCGCCGUCUGAGCCGGGGUCGGCCAAGGUGCCGUCGGGUUUGCCGGAGCUGCUGCACUGCACAGGCAUGGCGCACGUGGCGGCGCUGACGCUGGCGGCAGAGGGCCGCACGUCCGACGCGCUGGCGGCGCUGGCGGCGGUGGCGGCGCGGUACCGCUCGCUGUGCGUGUACGACGGGCGGCUGGCGGCGGUGCUGCUGGACGCGGCGGCGCUGCGGGACCGGCUGGGGCUGCGGGAGGACGCGGCCGAGCUGACGGCACAGGGGCUGGCGGUGGCGGAGGGCUAUUGCCUGGAGCUGGGGCUGGGCGAGGCACUGGAGGCCCCCGAGCUGACCAACGUGUACCUGGACGGCACAGCCCUGUACGCACACGCGCUGGGCGCGGCGGCGGUGCACGCCUCACGGCGGCAGCAGCACGCCGAGGCGGAGCGCUGCGCCGCGCGUGCGGUGCUGCUGCUGCGCAGCCACACGCGCGCGCUUCCAGCCACGCACGCGGCCGCGCUGCUGCUGCUGGGGCGCACGUGCCGAAUGGUGGCGCUGUGCGGCGACGGCGUGCCGGUGGACGGACAGCCCACGCUCGCGUCGGGCGCGCCGCCCGCCUCCACCGCCACCCUCACCAGCGCCGGCGCCGGCGCGCCGGGUGACCCCGCCGCCACUGCUGUUGCCGCCGGAACCGCUCGUGCCGCCGCAGGCGGCUUCAACGCCUCCGCCGGCGCGCUGGCGCGCACCGCCACCGCGGGCCGCGGCGGCGGUUCCGCCGGCUCCAGUGGCGGCGGCGUAGCCGCCACCGCCGCCAAGCUGAGCGCCGCGCGGUCUGCGCUGUGCGCCUCCAUCACGCUGGCAGCCGUGGACGGCGGCCACCUGCGCUCGCUGAUGCGCGGGGCGCUGCUGGAGCUGGGGUCCAUCUUCAUCGCAGGACUGGACGCCCGCAGCGCCGCCGCCUGCCUGCGCGCCGGGCACGCCGCCGCCGCCAAGGCCGACCUCGUGGCGCUGUCCAGCCACACGCUCGCGCCCGUCGCCGCCGCCCAGCUCCCCGACUGGGCGCUGGCGCACGUGCGCGGCCAAGAGGCGCUCUUUGGCAAGAAGAGCAGCAAUGGCGCCAUCAGCGGCGCCGCAGGCGCGGCAGGCUCGGCCCGCCCCGUCGCCACCAGCAGCAGCGGCGCGCGGCCGCCGGGCACGCCGCCCGGCGGCAAGCCCGGCGCGGGCGGUGGCUCCGGUGACGGACUGUCUGACGCGGAUGCUGCACGCAUGGUGUUCUGCCUGCUGGGUGGGCUGCUCAAAGGACUGGAGGCGCUGCCGGUGGGCGGCGGCGCCCGGGCGCGUGGCGAGGCCCAGGUGGCGGCGCUGCACGCCGCACUGCGCGCCGCCUGCGCCAAGUACGGCACGGACGCCUGCUUCGCUGAGCCGCCGCUGCCGCCCAGCCCGCCCGACGCCGUGCCGCCGCCGCCCGAGGGCUCGGUCAUCGUGCAGUGGCACUGCCAGGACGGCUGCUGGCAGGAGGCGCGCUCAUGGCGCGCCGAAGGCAGCUCCGGCGCACCCGACGGCCCACUGUCGGACUCGGCGCUGCUGGCGCUGCAGCCGGUGCCGGCCUACGCCAGCCUGCUGUUCGUGGUGGCUGCCCCCAGCCACGACGGCAGCCCGGGGCCGCACUGCGGCGAGGUGACGUUCGCGGUGAAGGACGUGCGCGAGCUGCAGCGGCGUGCCAAGGCGCUGCGGGCCCGCGUGGAGGCGCCCAAGGCCGCCACCGACAUCCUGGGCUACGCCGCCCCCAGCCAGGUGGAGCUGGGGGAGCUGCUGCGUGCCGCGGAGCGGCUGCUGAGCGCGGUGCCGCGCAACAGCGAGGAUGGCAGCAGCAGCGCGGGCUUCAGCGCCGCGGACAGCGGGCUGGGUGGCUUUGGCAGCAGCGAGCUGAUGGAGGGCGAGGUGCGGCCGGAGCUGGACGUGGCGUUCCUCUGCAAGCUGGAGGCGCUGCUGGCGCUGGAGGCCGGGCUGGACGUGAACGACAAGACGCUGGGCAGCUGGCUGGUGCAGACGCUGCCGGUGAUGAUGUGAGGUGUGUGUGUGUGUGUGGAUUGAUGGUGGCGGUGUGAUGGACUGGCUGGGUGUCUUUGGUGGCUCUUGCAUGGAGGCGGGAUGUAGGUGUGGCUGGGACAGGGGCCGUUGGGCCGAGCACCGAGGUGUUAUUGGGGCAUGGCGUGCAUGAAUGCAUUAUGUUGAUGUGUGGAGCUUAGGAUGAUAUCGUACUGUAGUGCCUAUGAUGAUGGACACAGGAGCAAGAGUUAUGUGGUGCACGCCGUUAAUUACGCAUGGUGACAUGGUGUUCAUGCAGUGCUUUCAGUUUGUUGGCUUGCGUGGGGUAAGGCGGUCGUUAUCAGCCAGGCCACGUGCGGACACAUGAUGGUUACGUAGCUGCUGAUGGCGCUGUAAUGAGAACGGAAG